AUAGGAUUUUAGGAAAACUUAUUAUUAGGGAUCGUCAUUCCCGCAGGGAACACUAUCUUCGUCCCUGCACCAGUCGCCGAUGUGAAAGCGCACGGUUCGGAGAGAGAGAGGGAGAGGGAGAGGGGGAGGGGGAGCGUCGAAUCACACCCAGCCAUUUCCUCUCUGCCGAGUUUUCCCUGCUGUAAGAAGCGGCAAAGAGUCGUAGCUGUGGCACAGUGGACGUCUUAUAAAAUGUACUAUUGGAAGUGUCCAAACUUAGUGGAAAAUCCGUGAUGACCUGCAUUCUGUACAGGUCUUCUGCAGUUUUGUUUUCACAUAACAGCAAUGUACUCAUGAGGGGCUCUUUAUAUGGUUUACCUAGAACAGCUUGGAAAAGAGACAUACGGCAUGCUUGUAUUGGGUUUAUUAAAUUUGAUUGUUUUUUGCUUGGAUUUGGAAUUCACUGUUUCUCUACUCAAGAAUCGCAGAGUUCAGGGAUAUCAAAAAAGAAUCAUAAGGCCAAAAUGGAAGAAGAUUCUGAGGCAUUCUAUGUUGUCAGAAAGGGGGAUGUCAUUGGCAUCUACAAAUGCUUUAGUGAUUGCCAAGCUCAAGUUAGCUCUUCGUUAUGCGAUCCUGCAGUCAGUGUGUACAAAGGCUAUUCUCUGCAUAAGGACAGUGAAGAUUAUCUUGCUUCUCGUGGCUUUAAAGAUGCAUUAUACUCUAUUCAUGCGGCACAUUUAAAGGAAGAUAUUUUUGGUACUCUUCUGCCUUGUCCUUUGCAGCAACCAGAUGGGAUGGCUUUUCUGAAUGAUAAGGCAUUAAAAGGGAGUACUUCUAAAAAGAGAUUGAAGGAAGUGGGAACCGCUGGUUCCGGUGAUGCAUCACCUGCGCUAGCAAACAAACUCUGUAAAUCAAUCCCUGUCAUUGAGGCACAGCCCAUAAGCUGUAAACCUAUAAGCUGCAUCCUUGAAUUUGAUGGUUCUUCUAAAGGAAAUCCUGGGAAGGCUGGUGCUGCAGCAGUCCUACGCAAUGGAGAUGGGAGUUUGGUUUCUUGUAUUCGUGAAGGCUUGGGCAUUGCAACAAAUAAUGUGGCAGAAUACCGUGCCUUAAUUUUGGGGAUGAAAUAUGCUCACAUGAAAGGUUUUAAGCAUAUUCAGGUGCAAGGGGACUCUCAACUAAUAUGCAUGCAGGUGCAAGAUCUCUGGCAAACGAAAAAUCAAAACAUGGCGGCGUUGUGCAAGGAGGUUAAGAGAUUGAAGGAUAUGUUUCAGUCUUUCAAUAUCAUCCAUGUCAAGAGGGGCUUCAAUGCUGUUGCUGAUAAUCUGGCUUACUCGGCUAUUUCUCUUCCAGUUGGAGAAAUUUGUGAGGAUUGUGGGCCAUUUAACUAAAUAUAGCGAGUACAAGCUGCCUAGCAACAUUUUCCCCCCCUAUUUGCUGUUCUUUAAUUAUUAUUAGUCAGGUAUUGUAAAUGUAUAUUUUUCUUUUGGAUAACUUAUAAACAGAUAUCAUCUGCUGGCUUUGCAGCUUA